AAGGGAUAUAACUAAUUGAGAAACGCACUGCGAGCGUUAUUUACGCAUGGGCAAGUUAAUUUUCAAAUAGCUCCGUGGUAGAAUUGGUCUGCUCUUCAAACGGUUCACACUGACCAUAUUCUACCGGUAGAUUGAAUUAGAAAAAAAAAAGUUUACCUCCUCUUUUACCAAUUUCCAAUUUUCUCCCACACAAAUCACCGGACCGAAAAAUACCGCACGGACGUCUGCUUCAUUUUUUUUUUCUUUCCUUUCCUUCAAUUCUUCCCUUUAUUCUUCGAGUUCCUGCAACGAUUUUGAAUCGACUCACCGCAUAUUACAAGGAUGUUUUCGUCUUGGACACUCUGUUGCGGAAGAGUUCAGCAGCGAUGGGUGUUCGCGGUUAUGGGAUGUUUGGCGAUAACAGUAUCGUACGCGAUGCGAAUUACCCUGUCACUUGCCAUCACGCAGAUGGUAACAACCGUCGAAUCAUCCUCGAACAGCACGACCGUAGAUGAAAACACUUGUUCUGGAACUGUUUCCGCUUCAUCGAACAGCAAUACCGGCGACACUUACGAGUGGGACGAAUACACGCAGGGAAUCAUUCUGUCGAGUUUCUACUGGGGUUACAUAGUAUCCCAGGUACCAGGAGGAAUAUUGGCAGAUAAAUUCGGAGGAAAGUACACCCUUGCUGGAGCAAUACUGUCAUCGACGACGUUCACCCUGCUGACACCGUUGGUGGUGAGUAAAUUCGAAUCGACGGGAUUGAUAGUCCUCAGAAUCCUGAUGGGACUCGGUGAAGGGACGACGUUCCCGGCAGUGAACGUGCUCAUAGCAGCAUGGGCGCCACCGCAAGAAAGGUCGAAGAUCGGGACGAUGGUGAUGACGGGAACACAAAUCGGAACGAUCCUGGGAAACGCUUUGGCCGGAAUCCUGCUCGAGUAUUCGCCGAUAGGGUGGCCGCUGGUCUUCUACUUUUUCGGAGGUCUCGCUGCCUUGUGGGUGGUGACCUGGAUUCUCUUCUUCCACAGCAACCCGGACGUCCAUCCUUACAUCAGCGAAGCCGAGAAGAAGUACAUCCAGGACAAGAUAAGCGAGAACACGAGAAAGCACACCCAGCCGAUCCCCUGGCGCCACAUGGCGACCUCCCUUCCAUUCUGGGCUCUUCUCAUCGGCAAGUUCGGGCACGACUGGGGCUUCUACACGAUGGUGACCGACCUCCCGAAGUACAUGAGCAACGUCCUAAAGUUCUCCAUAACCUCGAACGGCCUUUUAACCGCUCUACCCUACGUGGCGAUGUGGAUCGUGAGUAAUAUAUCCUCCGUCCUUGCCGACUGGCUCAUAAAAAGCGGCAAGAUGACGACCACCAACGUCCGCAAGGCCUUCACCACAUUUGGCUCCGUCGGACCGGCGAUAUUCCUCGUAGCCGCGUCCUACGGCGAGUGCAACCGCGUCCUCGUCGUAAUUCUCUUCAUCAUUGGUAUCGGUUUGAUGGGACCGUUCUACCCCGGGCUAAUGGUGAACGGCGUCGACCUCAGUCCCAACUACUCGGGCACGCUGAUGGCGAUAAUGACCGCCGUCGGUGCCCUGGCUGGGAUAUUGACGCCCGAUGUAGUCGGAUUGCUGACUCCCAAUCAGACGGUGACGGAGUGGAGAAUAGUGUUCUGGAUUGCUUUCGCCGUGUUCAUGGUGACGAAUGUCGGUGUUUUGUUCUGGCAGCGAGGUGAUGUCCAAUACUGGAAUGACCUCGAGAACAACGGUCAAGGUCGCAAGGAUCCUGAGAACGGAGCGAAGCCCAGUGAACGGAAUGAGAGUCCGGAGGGCAAGGCCGACACGUAGAGAAACUUGUGUAAAAUUUUCAUUGGUGCCCACAUGCGUCUCGCUGUGUCGUGAUUCGUUGUUAAAGACAAUUGGACCAAGUUUCUUGAGCAAUCUCUUUGGUCCCCACACGCUGGUUUUCAUCCAACUCAAUUAUCAUGUGGCAAAAUGUUGUACCGACUCGUGUUAAAAUCUACAAAGUUAGGGGCACUGGUGGAUUUUCUUCUGAAUUCGGAACCGCCGUUUUCAGAUCUACUACAAAAAUUACGGUCUCUGUUUGAGGAUGUAAUUUUUUGCUAAUAGGAAAAUGGCUGCUGAAUUAGUAAACGAGUCAGACGCUUCGGACUCGGUUUCGAUGCUCUGAGCAAUCCAAAAAAAAAAAAAUACCACCAGUUUGACAUCAUUUUCAUCCGUGCUGUGAAGAUUGUACGUAAUCGUUUUGUGUGUGCAAAAAUCUCAUUUCUGCAUAAACAGUGUAUUUAUUCUAACAUUUAGUUCCUAAUAAAGUGACAUAAUGCGUUUCA